GCGAGGCGGCUGCUGGCGCCGCCGCCGCGCCCGGCGCUGGGCAGUCAUUGGGCGGCGUGAUCUCGCCGCGAUUCCGCGGCCCUGCCGCCGCCGCCGCCGCCAGCAGCGCUAGCGGAGCGUGCCGGGCGGACCUGGCGAGGGGCCAUGGCGGGCGCCGAGGAUGGGCCGGGCCAGCAACCAGAGCUCGACGAGGACGAGGCGGCGUAUGGCCGGCGCUGGGGCGCGCAGCAUGCCGGGGCCCGCGAGCUAGCCGCGCUCUACUCGCCAGGCAAGCGUUUCCAGGAGUGGUGCUGUGUGGUCUUGUGCUUCAGCCUCAUCGCCCACAACUUGGUCCACCUCCUGUUGCUGGCCCGCUGGGAGCACACGCCCCUCAUCAUGCUGGGUGUCGUUGCAGGAGCCCUCAUCGCUGACUUCUUGUCUGGCCUGGUGCACUGGGGAGCCGACACCUGGGGCUCCGUGGAGCUGCCCAUCGUGGGGAAGGCCUUCAUCCGCCCCUUCCGGGAGCAUCACAUCGACCCCACGGCGAUCACACGGCACGACUUCAUCGAGACCAACGGGGACAACUGCCUGGUGACACUGUUGCCGCUGCUGAACAUGGCCUACAAUUUCCACACCCAGAGCCCCGAAACCCUGGAGCAGCUGUACCCCUGGGAGUGCUUCGUCUUCUGCCUCGUCAUCCUCAUCACCUUCACCAACCAGAUCCACAAGUGGUCACACACGUACUUCGGGCUGCCACACUGGGUCACCUUCCUGCAGGACUGGCAUGUCAUCUUGCCACGUAAACACCAUCGCAUCCACCACGUCUCGCCCCAUGAGACCUACUUCUGCAUCACUACAGGCUGGCUCAACUACCCUCUGGAGAAGAUAGGCUUCUGGCGACGCCUGGAGGACCUCAUCCAGGGCCUGACGGGCGAGAAGCCUCGGGCGGAUGACAUGAAGUGGGCGCAGAAGAUCAAAUAGCUCGUCCGAGCCUGCCACCUUGUUGCCAACCCUCCCCAGCACCCCCAGACCGAAGCCAUCUGCCAAAUUCCAGCCUCCUCUCGCCGGCCCCUCCAGGUGGAGAGGAUGCCUCCUGGGCUGGGCCCGGGCACCCCCAGCCCACCCCUAGUCACAGAGAAUACUUGAGCCACUGAUUUUUCAUUUCCUCUUUUUCAUUUUCUUUCCUCGGCCCCUCCCGGCCACCCGAGCUGCUCUGUCUGCCAAGCCUGACUCUGCAGAAAAGGAUCCCCACCCUGCCAGCCUCCCUCGGUGGGGGGGCUCCACCGCUCCCUGCACCCCUGGGGCCCCCUGCCCCGCUGGGCAGCCCUGCAGCACGGCUGGCCUUGGGACCACCGAGUUGUCUUAUCGUCCCUCCUUGUCUGCCUGCAGUGGUCUGGGAGCUCCCAGGCGCACCUCAGUGUCCCUGGAGCAUGGCCCUGCCAUGGCUCUGCAAACUGACCCCAAAGGCCUGGAUGGGUGACAGCCCCGGCCACCACCUUCAGCCUCGCCUGUCCACCCAAGGAUGGCAAAGCGCAGCAAGAGUCGAGGGCAGCCGGCCAGGAAAGGCCAGAAUUUCCUGCCCAGGUCUGGACCCCCGCCCCCACCCGCCCCCGUCUGUCAGAGCUGAUGUUUCUAGUCAGGAGGAUGUCUUCCCAGGGUCUUGUCCUUUGAAAGGGGGACACAGUGUCCCCUCUGGCCAGGGGUAUGCCAGAGAAGGAAGAAUGGGGCUUUUUAGUUUUAGUUUUUUUUUAAAGGUGCUUGCUUGUUUAAUGUAAAUAAUAGAAAGCCUUAAUAUCUUUUCUGUAACACGGAGUAAUAUUUUAAUGUCAGGUUUUGGAUGUACAUAAUAUAUUUAUAACAAAGCAGCAAGAGUCUACUUACCCUCGGCUGCCUCGUGCUUCCUGAUUGGCUGGAGAAGUGGGGAAGGAGCCGGAGUGUGCGGCCCCACCCCUACCCCCGUUCCCAGCUCCCCCCAGCCCUGGACCCAGGAUGGGGGGCUUUGUCACCUGAGCAGUGAAUUAAUGUUGGCAUCUGCUCCAAACACUUGGAGGAGAGCCACGAUUUGAUGAGGAAUCGUCCUCAUGCAGCAGAUUAUGUUGGCUGAUCCCCAUCCGUGAGUGCGUGAUGUUUACUGCACCUGGUGUGUACCAGGCUCUGGCCUGGACACUGGGGCACAGCGAUGAACAAACAGACAAAGACUUACCCGGGUGGAGUUGACCUCCUGGGGAGAGAGACAAUAAACAGAAAUAAAUGCACAUGGACAUUCA